UGCGUGGUGACGCCGGGUUGUUGUAGGGACGGUUGUAAACGCUGCUCUAAUAUUAAUCAUGCUGGAGCCGGUGGCUGAGGAGAGCGGCGCUCCGGAUGGAUCCGCUCCCCGCCGUCCUUGUUGAACCUCACACGCGCUGAGGCGAAGAUGGCAGAGAGAUUUCCAGCAGUUGCGGUUUUUGAUUUUCAAAAAAAAAAGAAAAACUGAGCCCAAAUAAUGACUGGCAGAAAUGGGCAGUUCUGAUAUAGAUGAAAAGAAAGACCGAGUUGCCUAAAGUUGCAGAAAUCGAUAUUGAAGCCCCGAAGGUUGCAACCUGCCGAGAGAGGAGAUGAGGUCUUACGACAUGCAACUUGAAAGUGAGACAGAAAGUGCUACCACAUGGCUGGAAUGGGUGGAGAUUAUUGAGCCUCGCACUAGAGAGCGCAUGUACGCGAACCUCAUCACAGGAGAAUGCGUCUGGGAUCCUCCUUCUGGUGUCCGGAUAAAGCGGACCAACGAGAAUCAGUGGUGGGAACUCUUCGAUCCCAACACGUCCCGGUUUUACUAUUACAAUGCCACGACACAGAGGACAGUCUGGCACCGGCCGCAGAACUGCGACAUCAUUCCGCUGGCCAAAUUGCAGACGUUGAAACAGAACACGGACUCACCCAGCCGGGCUUCUGCGGACAACAGCCCCGGCCGCAGUAGCAACAUCAGCAGGGAAGGGAGCACCAGCUCCUCGCUGGAACAGGAGCUGGAGGCCGACAGGACUCAAGAACAAACACGGCCAAAGCCAGCCCAGCAGAUCAUCGGGAAGGAGGAAGUGGAAAGGACGUCUCCUCACCGCUGGAUGAGCGGCACCAAGGAGCGCAUGUUGAUCAAGGUGACGGACCGGGAGCCCAGCUACCUGCUGCACCAGGGCAAUGGCACCAUGGAGAGCCAGCCGGGGACAAGGCCGCGCCGGCCCUCGGGGCACCAGCUGCCCCACGCCCACAGCUUCGCCUCCGACAGCGACCCCCAGGUCUACUUCACCGAGCGCAAGGCCUCCCCGUACCUGAAGAGGGCCGAGCACAUCGGAGGCUGCUCCCCGGUGCUGGCCCGGGGUGAGCCCUAUCACUCGCCCAUCCACUACCAGCACCGCAAGUACUCCUUCGAGUCUCAGCCCUCGUCCCCCCGCUACGGCUACGAGCCCCCCCUGUACGAGGAGCCGCCCGUGGAGUACCAGGCCCCCAUCUACGACGAGCCGCCCAUGGAGGUGCACUGCGAGGGGGUGGUCUACAAGGCUGCGGGCUCGCCGCAGAUGUCCCCCGCCCGCAAGCCCCACCCCAUGCUCCACUCCCCCAAGCAGGGCCAGAACUCCCCCUACCAGCACCUGGUGCUGACCAAGCAGAAGGGCUCGGACAAGUCGAUGAGCCUGGAGUACAGCCCGGCCGGCAAGGAGCUGGUGAAGCAGCUGGUGUACGUGGAGCAGUCGGGCUCCAGUCCCAAGUACAAGACCAGCACCAAGCACCGCUACUCGCCCGGUGCCAGCUCCACCAUCUCCUACACCCUGCAGCACAGCCCCUCGUCGCUGGUCCGCGACUUCCACCGCUCGGCCGAGUCCAGGUCGGCCGACUACAACGGGCUGGAGGAGGCGGAGGCCAGGUUUGCCCAGCAGGGGGGGCAGCCCGCCCACGAGGAUUCCAUGUCGUGGUCCAGCCAGCACGACUCGCUCUCCUCCAUGGGCCACUCGCCCAGCACCAGGAAGAGGAAGAGCCGGAAGCCCUCGCUGACCCUGGAGGUGUGCGGGGCAGUGGGGGAGAGCUGCGGGGAGCCGCCCCCCGCCCCGGUCUCCGAGCGGCUGCCGUCGGCCGAGGAGGAGGAGGAGGAGGAGGAGGAGAGGCCGCAGUCGCAGCCGGGGGCGGCGGAGGGGGAGAGCCCGCGGGGAUACCCGGAGCUGCAGGCCCGACUGGCCAGGGAGGUGCAGCAGCUGCACCACAUCAAGCAGCGCAGCAGCUGGGACUCGCAGAAGGAGGUGUCGGGCUACGAGAGCGACGGGGCGCUGCCCCUGCCCAUGCCCGGCCCCGUGGUGAGGGCCUUCAGCGAGGACGAGGCGCUGGCACAGCACGACAACAAGCACUGGAAGAGGAACACCUUCGAGAAGCUGGGCUUUCCACAGGUGCUGCUGGAGAAAAGUGUCUCGGUGCAGACCAACCUGGCCUCACCCGAGCCCUACCUACACCCCUCACAGUCGGAGGACCUGGGCACGUGCAGCCAGUACGAUGUAGGAAGGCAGAACCGGAGCAUGAUGCCCAGCGCCAGCUGUGUCUUCCCCGGCUUCAUGCUGAGGAAGCCCUCGUCGGAGACGGACAUCGAGAACUGGGCCUCCAAGCACUUCAACAAGCACACGCAGGGCAUCUUCCGCCGCAAGGUGUCCAUCGCCAACAUGCUGGCCUGGAGCAGCGAGUCCAUCAAGAAGCCCAUGAUCAUGACCGCCGACCGCAGCGUGAAGAAGGAGGCGUGCGAGGUCUUCAAGCUCAUCCAGAUGUACAUGGGGGACCGGCGGACCAAGGCGGACCAGCUCAACGUGGCCCUGGAGAUCGCCACCAAGGGCUGGAGCAUGCAGGGCCUGAGGGACGAGCUCUACAUCCAGCUGUGCCGGCAGACCACGGAAAACUUUCGAUACGAGAGCCUGGCCCGCGGCUGGGAACUGAUGGCCAUCUGCCUGGCCUUCUUCCCCCCCACCCCCAAGUUCCACUCCUACCUGGAAGGCUACAUCUACAGGCACAUGGACCCCCUCAAUGACGCUAAAGGUGUUGCGAUUAGCACAUAUGCCAAGUACUGCUACCGCAAACUGCAAAAAUCAGCUCUGACUGGAGCAAAGAAGGGUCUCCGGAAGCCCAGUGCGGAGGAGCUCCGACACGCCACCAACGCUGUCUUCUGCCCGUCCAUGUUUGGCAGCUCCCUGGAGGAGAUCAUGAACAUGCAGAGCGACCACCACCCGGACAGGCAGCUGCCCUGGGUGCAGGCCAUGCUCUCCGAGGAGGUGCUGAAGCUCAACGGAGCGCAGACCGAAGGCAUCUUCAGAGUCCCCGGAGACAUCGAUGAAGUCAACGCCCUGAAGCUACAAGUGGAUCAGUGGGUCAUCCCACAGGGACUGACAGACCCGCACGUUCCAGCCUCGUUGUUGAAGCUGUGGUACCGUGAACUGGAGGACCCGCUCAUCCCGCACGAGUUCUACGAGCAGUCCAUCACUCACUACGAAAACCCAGAGGCAGCCAUCGCCGUCGUUCACUCCCUGCCCAAACUCAACCGACUGGUCCUCGGCUACCUCAUCCGCUUCCUGCAGGUGUUUGCCCAGCCGGCCAAUGUCUCCGUCACCAAGAUGGACGGCAACAACCUGGCCAUGGUCAUGGCCCCCAACUGCCUGCGCUGCCAAUCCAACAACCCCAGGAUCAUAUUCGAGAACACGCGGAAAGAAAUGUCCUUCCUGCGAGUGCUGAUCCAGCACCUGGACACCAGCUUCAUGGAGGACGUGCUAUAGCCGGCCCAGAGGCCCAGAGGAGAGGAGAGGCCUAACGUGAGAGGAGAGGCCUAACACACUACCAUGACGAUAAGCCUUGUACAAAAAACAAAACGUGUCUGCAUUUGUUUAUACCGAAUUGAGGUCUUCUUGCCAGUCCCUUACUGGUUGGUGUUGUCUAAAUUAUUUUAAAAAAAGGGGGGGAAAAGGAAAAAAAAAGUGCUCCAUGUAAAUUUUGAUGCUGGUUUUGAAGCUGCAUUAUCUGUCCGCUGUGUAUGAUGCUUCCAUCCAGAUCCAUCUCCACCUGUGACACCGUUUACUAAUAGUUUAUUUUUUAGUUUAGCAUUCGUACUUGGGUUUUUAAACCACUUUAUAAAGUAACUUUAUUUUUAUAGUAUUUAAUUAGACAGGGCUAAAGCAAAACAAAAGACCCCCUUUGUGUGGAGACAUGCCCCUCAUUCUGUUUCCGCCAUUGCUCUCUCUCUCUCUCUCUCUCAUCCAUGUGUCUCGCUGUGGAUUUUAGCCGAGAAUACUCGAAGCCUUACGUUGUUUUAACCUUUGCUCGUACGGAGGUUCAAAAUGUGGGACUUUUCUUUUUUUUUUUUUUUUUUAACAUGUUCUGUUUCACCCUCUCGAAACAAUCGGGGACUUCUUUCAACCCAACUUGUUUGGAGCUUCUGGUAAGUGUGGCGUUUGCCAGCGGCGGAGAGGUGCCAACCUCCAUCGGCCUGGUCGCCUGCCCGUGGCCCGCUUGCGAUGCCUCGCCCAGUUUCGGGGAUCUCGACGUGAUUUUCCUGGAACGAGUUUUGAAAGCUCCCUGGAUUUGUACAGAAUAUUGAGAACGGAUGCCCAAGAACACAGCUGUGAACCCUGGGAACCACAUGUGGCACAAAUCCACCUGCAACCCAUUUGCUCCCCCUGAUCGUCACGGAUGAAUUGUACAAUUGAAAAGCAAUUGUUCACCUCCCUUUGUUUAAUUAGUCGAAACCAUAACUAUGUCAGCCUCUUGCAUCGCUGUCGGUCCAACAGUUCCACACGCCGGGACAUUAAGUCCAGAGAAAAAAUAAGCACAAAUAAGCAUAUAGGAGGGGUGAGUGUUUAGUUUUAGAGUUUAUAGAUACAGUGCAGAAACGGACUUUCGGCCCACCGACCCCAACUAUCCCACACGCACAAUUAUACCAAGCCCAUUAGCCUACAAACCUGCACGUCUUUGGAGUGUGGGAGGAAACCGGAGCGCCCGGAGAAAACCCACGCAGGUCACGGGGAGAACGUGCAAACUCCGUACAGACAGCACCCAUAGUCAGGAUGGAACCCGGGUCUCUGGCGCUGUGAGGCAGCAACUCUACCGCUGCGCCACCGUGCCGCCCUAAACUGGUGUUGUGCUUGAAGGGUUGGUUGCUAACCAGCAGAAGCUGACUGUGCCGUGGGCCACAGUUCCCCAUUGCAUCAAGGGUCCAGCAGAAUGGUAGAACCACCGCCUUGGUUUUGAAAUCCGAUCUGGCCUUCCGUCUCACACUUCCAAACUCAGCGCAGGAAAGGUUUACGCGGUGGGUGGUCGUGGUCUGGGCUGCACGGUCUGCAGCUGAGGUGGGGGGGGGGGAGUGGAUUGUGGCAUUCGGGAACAAGAGAUCUGGCAGGAUUGUGGGGAGCGGAAUGGAUGACGGACACUCACUUAUAGCCAGCACCACUUCAUGGGCCGAAUGGACAAAGGGCUCUGUGUGUUCACCCUAUCUACCCCCGUCAGUAAGAUCACCCCUCAGCCUCCUGUGCACCAGGAAAUAAAGACCUAACCUGCCUAGCCUUUCCCUAUAUAUUCUUCUCACUUAUACACCUCUAGAAGAUUACCUUGUGUUCUCCAAGGAAUAAAGUCCUAGCUGGGCCCUCGACUCCUGGCAAUGUCCUCGUGAAUCUUCUCUGGGCUCCUUCUCUCGGCAUCUUUCCUACAGCAAAGUGACCAAAACUGGGGCCCAAUAUUCCCCGUGUCUUGUACAACUGUAAUGUGAUAUCACCACUUUGGCUGAUAGAACUGGGACGUUGCCAACCAAGUGUAUUCACUCACUGUUCCUUUCUGUGUGACACAGUUGCUCAUCACUCACUGCUGCAGCACAUGGUUCUUUAUCAAUGAACCCGCACACACCCAGGUACAUUCAAUCCCAUGCUUCCUUUCUCAAUCGACACAUCACCUUGGCGGCACGGUGGCGCAGCGGUAGAGUUGCUGCCUCACGGCGCCAGACACCGGGAUUGAAUCCUGACCGCGGGUGCUGUCUGUACGGAGUUUGUACCUGCGUGGGUUUUCUCCGGGCGCUCCGGUUUCUUCCCACACGUCCCAAGACGUACAGGUUUGUAGGUUAAUUGGCUUUGGGAAAAUUGUUAAAUUGUCACUGGUGUGUGUAGGAUAGUGCUGGUGUACUGGUCGGCAUGGACUCGGUGGGCCGAAGGGCCUGUUUCUGUAUCUCUAAUAUCUAAAACAGCGGGCCUGAACUCCCACUGUGUCCUCUAGAAUGCCAAGCCUAGACCUACAGCAGCACCAGCACCCAGCGACUCUGGAUCAGGCAGCAAUGACAUGGAAAUGAGUCAGUCAAUGGCCAUUUAGAACAUAGAACAGUACAGCACAAGAACAGGCCCUUUGGCCCACAUUGUCCGUGCCAAAAAUGGGGCCGAGACCAAAUCCUAUCUGCCUGCCCACAAUCCAUAUCUCUCCAUUCCCUACUUAUCCUUGCGCCCGUUCAAACAUCUCGUGAACGCCACUAUUGUAUUGCCUCCACCACCUCCCCUGGCAGCGCGUUCACCACCCUCGCUGUGAAAAGAAAUGCCCACACAUCUCCUUUAUAAAGGUUUGCCCCUUCUCCCUUGGGUUUAUGCAUGCAUGCUCCAGGUUUAACUGAGAUGUCAGUGUUCGCUCAUUUCACACCCUGUCUCACACACACACACACACACACACACACAGAGUCAGGUUCUGUUUUAGAGGACUGGAGGCAAGAAAGCAUGCAAAUUGUAUGCGAUCUAUAUUUACUGCCCAGGGUGAAGCCACCACGAUUCAGAUGACGAGUUGAAAGCCUCGGAGGUUAUUUUGGAGUUUAAUUAUUGCGUGGUGAACCAGCGAGCAGAUUGGAAACGACUCAGAGUCCGUGUUCAAAGCCAAAAGAUCAAAUGUUCAACUGACAAACUUCUUUUCUCUUUGAACACCGAACGGUACGGCACGGGAACAGGCCCUUCAGCCCACAAUGUCUGUGCCGAACAUGAUGCCAAGUUAAAUUAAUCCCCUCUGCCUGCACGUGGACCACUUCACUCCAUGUCCGCGCAUUCGAUCUGAGGGCCUUAAACACCCCUAUCGUACCUGCCUCCACCACCACCCCUGGCAGCGCGUUCCAGGCACCCACUACCAUCUUUGUAAAAAUCUUGCCCCGCACAUCUCCUUUAAAUUCUGCCCCUCUCACCUUCUAGCAUUUGACAUUUCCAUGCUGGAAGAAAGGUUCUGACUGCCUCAUAAUGUCUACAAUUCUACCAGGUCUCUCCUCAGCCUCCGACGUUCCAGAGAUACCAAUCCCAGUGUGUCCAGCCUCUCCCUGUAUCUAACACCCUCUAAUCCAGGCAUCAUCCUCCUCUGCACCCUCCCCAAAGCCUCCACAUGCUUCCUGUAAUGGGGGCGACCACAACAGCACGCAGUCCUCCAAUUACAGCCCGACCCAGACUGUUAUAGAGGUGCAUCGUGACCUCCUGACUCUUAUGUGUAGGAAGGAACUACAGAUGCCGGUUUAAACCGAAGAUGGACACAAAAUGCUGGAGUAACUCAGCGGGACAGGCAGCAUCUCUGGAGAGAAGGAAUGGGUGACGUUUCGGGUAGAGACCCUUCUUCACACUAAAAUUCGGGUCUUGACCCAAAAGGUCACCCACUCCUCUCCAGAGACGCUGCCCCCACAGUUACUCCAGCACUUUGUGUCUAUUUCCUGAUUCUUGUCCUCAAUGCCCCGCAGGAUGAAGGCAAGCGUAGCGUACACAUUCUUUACCACUCUGUCUACCAUUGGUGCCACAGUCUUGCCAGGAGCAUCGGAUCAAAGUGGAGACUGUCGGGUAGAAGUCCUUAGUAUUCCUGCCAGGACUAGGCGUUAGUAUAAACUUCUCAACACUGCAUGUGGACGGAGCCAACUUACUGGAAACCUCAGACCAGAGCCUCUCUCCAGCAUCUGCAUCACUGGGAAUGGAAUGCCCUACAAACUCUGUCCAAAUCCACCUCUUUGAAGUUUCAAUCCGAUCUUUUAAUAUAACUGGAAACCCUGUGAAAUAGUGAGAUUUGAUUUUAUUGUGGGAAUGUGUGGCGUUUGAGGCUUAUGGCUCAGAGUUCAAGAAAAGUUUGGCGCAACGGGUAGAGCUGCUGCCUCACAGCGCCGGAGACCCUGGCUUCCAUCCUGACCUCGGGGGGUGCUGUCUGUACGGAGUUUGCACGUUCUCCCCGUGACCGUGUGGGUUUUCUCCGGGCGCUCCGGUUUCCUCCCACACUCCAGACAUGCGGGUUUGUAGGUCAAUUGGCUUCUGUAAAUUGUCCCCCCAGUGUGUGUAGGAUAGUGUGAGUGUGCGGGGAUCGCUGGUCGGCACGGACUCGGUGGGCCGAAGGGCCUGUUUCCGCCCUGUAUCUCUAAAGUCUAAAGAAAAAUGCCAUUAAGCUGCGAGGACAGAGGGAGUGUGGGGAUAGUUGUACGGUGUAAACUAUUCUCUAUCCACCACCUAAAGACAGAAGAGGGACUGGGGUGUAUAGGGUGGUCUCCACAGUGCCAGACACCACCCUCUCCCCCCCCUCCCCACCCCCACUCCACUCACCAUCUGAGCUAAAUUCAACGUUUAUUUGCUAAAGCAUUUGCAGCUUCAUACUUGAAGGCACGAGGCGUCUGCGCGCUUUACAACGGAGGUUGCCAUGGUUACCUGGGACUUGCCACUGGCCAGGGGCCCGCUGCGAUGGGGCCUGUUAGCCGGCCACAGCGAUGGUCAGGUCAACUGUGCAGGGGCUGGACACGGGCUCAGUGCACUGAGAGUGGAAGAGGAAUGGGAAGGACAAGCGGGAGACUUUACUCCCUCCAUCCUCCCAACCCAAAGUGCACAGGCAGCCAUCACCCAUCAUCCAAUCUGCAGAGGCCCAAGUGGUUCUUUUUAUCAAUUGUUCCACAUUGAACCCAUACCCCUCGUUUCCCCUUCUCAAUCCAUACAUCCUGACCGCGGGCGCUGCCGGCACGGAGUUUGUACGUUCUCCCCGUGACCUGCGUGGGUUUUCUCCGGGCGCUCCGGUUUCCUCCCACACUCGGGAUUGGUGUAAGAUGGACCGAAACAAAAAAAGGUCAGGGUGGGCCGAAGGGCCUGUUUCUGUGCUGUACGACGCUACCACCCUUGGCUUUCAUUGUAUAAAACAGGAAACAAAGGCACCACCACAACACACAGGUUAAUCCUGUCAAGAAAAUGAUGACGGUUUCUUAAACCACACGAAGCACAUGGACUGCAUGUAAGGGUCUGAUUUUUUUUCUAAAGGAGACUUGGAUUACACAUGUACCUUUGUAAAUGUUUUUGUGUUUUAUUUCGCUGUAAAGUUUCUCCGGUUUUAUAUGUUGAAGAAUUGAGAUUUAUUAUUUAUUCAGCUGGGUACCAGCUGGCAUUUCGACGGGCAAAGCAGGGUUGGGGAGGGGAUGCGGGCACACGUGUAAAUCGACCCGGACCGCUCCCCCCCCCGCUCCCCUCCCCCCAGAGGGGCGUUUGUACACGAUGCCUGAGCCUGGAGCUGUGCCACCCGACAUUGGGGCAGGGCGGAAGGGUUCCAAAGCCGUGGGCGGUGUCAGCCUGACUGUAAUUAUUACGCAUGGAAAUGCAGAGGCUCCAUGUUGUGUGAAUAACGAAUAAAACAAGAGUUACG